CCAACGCAAUAUCCAUCGGCCCCACAAACAAAUGUACACCUGAUCUAUUCAGCAGAAAUCCGAGAAAAAUGAAUUUUAUCAGCGGCCACCGCCGUGAUAGCUACUUCCUCCCUGAUCACUUUGUACCCAUCUCAGUACCAUACUCCAAUUUCUCUGCUCCAUUUUGUCAUUCCCAAUGUCAGUUUUUUGUUUAGAGUUUUACCCAAUUGAUCAUAUUCCAUAUAUCUUCUUUUAAUGAUUUGAUCAGAAUGCAUGCUCUGUUUUCUCAGGUGGAUUGCAAAAUUAUUACAGGGGGUCAAGUUCUGCUGGAAUUUUGAAGUUGACAGCGUUAACGAAAACCCACCGGAAUGUUAUGCUUGUACUCAGGUGGGUGUCCCUGUUUUUCACUCCACCACUUGCGACCAGGAUCACCGGCCGGAACUGGAGGCCUCGGCGGGUUCGUCUCUAUUUCCGAUCAACCACCGCUUCUCCCAUUCCUCCGACAAACGGAGAACCGGGCUCUUGGGCAGAGUACUGGACCCUCGUUGCGCCACGGUGAAGAAAUGGAACCGGUUUAUUUUACUGGACCGCGGCAUUGCCCUGGCCGUCGAUCCUCUGUUCUUCUUUGCCGUGUCUAUCCGUGGGGGCGGCGGCGGUGGAAACCAGCCUUGCAUUGACGUUGACGGUCGGUUCGUGACAGUUGUCGCCUUGGUUAGGUCAUGCGUUGACCUCGUGCACACGUGGCACGCCCUCCUUCAGUUUCGGCUGGCUUACGUGUCAAAGAAGACCAUGGCUGUUGGUUGCGGGAAGCUUGUGUGGGACCCCCGUGCGGUGGCCUUUCACUAUCUGAGAUCGGUGAGGGGAUUCUGGUUAGACUUUUUUGUGAUAUUGCCACUUCCUCAGGUACUUGAAAAUGUUGUUUUAUCUAUGCACUUAUAUUAUAUGGCCAUGGCAACGGUGACAUAUUAGAGAUCAUACGAAAGUUGUUAUCGUAGUUUUUUGAUUAUAAAUGUUAAUAAUCGGAUCGUGUUUCGUGUUUGUGUUGACCUUAUGCACAAUAUUUUGAUUCUGGUUUUUGUCGUGUCACAAAUUAUACACCAACAUGUAUUUAUCAUGGUAAGACCUGAACCUGAUAUGAGUAAAGCUCAAAAUGUUGCUAAUAGCUGAUAUUAGUUUCCUUACUGACGUGCUGCCUUCAUUGUUAUCUAACUAUAUUUGCCGGCAGAUUGUCUAUCUCUAUUUCGUCCCAAAAUUACGGAAGGAGGACAGAAUCCAAUUCACAAUGUCAAUGCUACAAGUGAUAUUCUUGCUACAGUUUCUACCUAAGGUCUAUCACAGCUUUAGUCUUAUGCAGAGAAUGAGAAAAGUUACAGGUUACAUCUUUGGCAGCAUUUGGUGGGGUUUCUGCAUUAAUCUUGUCGCUUAUUUCCUUGCGUCCCAUGUAUCGGGAGGAUGCUGGUACAUUCUUGCUUUACAGCGUGCGGCAUCAUGCUUAUCAGAGCAGUGUUACAGAAAUAAGAAAUACUCCAACCAAACACUGUCCUGCGCACGCCAAUUCUGUUUCUUUGCAUCGAAGGAUACUGUGUUCACUCGUAAUGCCUCGUCAACAUAUCUGAAAUCAAUCUGUUUGGAUGCUGAUGGACCAUUUCGAUAUGGUCUCUACCAAUUGGCAGUGUCACUCUUCUCCAUGGAUUCUGUCAUGACUAAGAUCCUCUAUUCAAACCUUUGGGGGCUCAUGGCUCUUAGCACAAUGGGGAACAAUCUUGAACCUACAAGCCGAUGUUCAGAAGUAAUAUUCUCUAUUCUAAUGGUCCUAGGGGGCUUACUUCUCUUCACUAUGCUGAUUGGAAAUAUACAGGUGUUUUUGCAAGCUGUAAUGCAAAGAAGAAGAAACAUGCAGCUUAGAUGUCGAGACAUAGAAUGGUGGAUGAGACGCAGGCAACUGCCAACUUAUUUGAAGCAAAGAGUGCGAGGACACAAUCAACAGUGGAAUUGCAUGGCAGGGCAAAAUGAGAUGGAAUUCAUCAGAGACUUACCUGAGGGCUUACGGAGGGAUAUUAAGCGCUAUCUCUGCCUUGAUCUGAUCACAAAGGUACCUUUGUUCUGCCAUUUGGAUGAUCUUAUACUGGACAACAUCUGUGACCGUGUGAAGCCACUUGUCUAUUCCAAAGAUGAGAAGAUAAUUCAGGAAGGAGAUCCAGUGACAAGGAUGAUCUUCAUUGUAAAGGGCUGCCUUAGACGGAGCCAAAGCCUCGCCCAGGACAGAGUGGCUGAUAGCACAUUGGAACCAGGAAGCUUUCUAGGUGAUGAGCUGCUCUUGUGGUGUCUUCGCCGCCCAAUUUCAGAUAUCUUUCCAGCUUCGUCAGCGACAUUUACUUGCAUAGAACCAGCAGAAGCUUAUGCUCUUGAUGCUGAUGAUUUUCGGUAUAUCACGGAUCACUUCAGGUCUCAUUUUGCUAACAAGAACCUUAAGCAAAAAGCAAGGUAUUACUCAUCAAACUGGAGAACUUGGGCAGCUGUGAAUAUACAAUUCGCUUGGCGACGUUACAAAGCAAAGAUUAGGGAUGCAACAUAUGAUGAGGCCCCAGAAAGUGGAGGUAGCCGUGGCGAGCAUAUGCUCCGGCAAUGUGCAGCAUUUUUCCUGUCAAUCAGACCCCAUGAUCACCUAGAAUAGGUCUGAAAUCAGCAGCAUUGUCUUGGUAGAGAACAAGAGAUUGUUCUGGUCAAACUUCUACAUCUGCAUUUAGUAGUCCUAGUUUUUUUUACAAAUGCUGGCGGUGUUGAUUUCCGAAGAAUAAAUUGAAGAAAUCUUUGACAUUUUUCUAUACUUGCAAUAAAGGA